AUGGAAUCCGAUGAGGAAUUUCUUCACGAUGAUAUCGUAGAAGGAAAAAGAGUAAGGGCAUUGCAUAGAAACGAUGUGAAACUUCAGUACGAUUCGGACCUGUCGCUGUCAGACUAUGAGAAUCCAGACAAAAACGGUAACGAAAAGGACGAUGACGACGAUAUGUUUGCCAGUGAAGAUGAGAAGGUGGAAAAGACAGAUAAGAAGAAGGUUGACUUGUUGGACAUGAAUGAGUUUGAGAAGGCUCUGGGGGUUGAGAGCUCGGUCUAUGAAGGAAAAGAGACAUUGGACGAAGACCAAAAUGAAGAAGAUGACGAUGAUGAUGAUGAAGCCAAUGCCUACUAUAUCAAUGCUGAAGACGGUGAGUCAAAAGGUCGUAAAAAGGAACCAAAACUAGAACAGUUCAAUCUUCGAGAAGAAGCAGAGGAAGGUGUGUUUGAUGCCGAUGGAAACUACGAACGCAAAGCAUCCACAACCGAAGAAGAAGCUUGGAUGAACUCCAACGGAGCAGAAACUAGAAGAGCAAAAAGGGCCCAAAAACUUCGAGAAAAGAACGAGCAAAGGGCACGUCGUCAGAAGUUGGAGGACUUUCGAGACAUUGCCGAAAAUCUUCGAAUUUUAGUCCAGUUCUUGGAACCUACUGAAACUCCACUCGAAGCAUUGGCGAGAUUGGCGCCUAAAAAAAAGGGUAAGAGUAUCUCUGAAGAAGAAACUCUGCGAAAAGAAAUGGUCUUUGAUAUCACAGAGGCGUGUGAUCGCUUGACCAACGACAACGAUAUUGACGAUGUUUAUGACAAAUCACGAGAAGAACUAAUGAGACUAUAUUCACGAGAAACCGGUCAGGAAUUGGAACAACGAGGGAUCAAGCGCCUGAGGGAGGAAGAGGAUUCUCAAGAAUGGGAGUUUCGCUGGAAGGGAGAAGACAUUGUAAAUGGGCCAUAUACGGUCCAGCAAAUGGCUGAAUGGGUUGAACAUUAUUUCAACGGUGAUGUAAUGGUAAGACGUGUAGGAGAGAAUGAGUUUGCGGAUGUCAACGAGGUCACAUUCUAG